AUGUCCGAAGAAGAAAAGCAUUCGUUUAAAAUCCAAGCGGUCAAUCGGCGAUUUUUACCAUUCGAUUUAGAAAAAGAAAAAGAAUGGCGAGGUCCAUUUUUUUUCGUGCAAGGUGCUGACUGUCAGCCAGGUUUGACGUAUCGAUGGACUGGUACUCGUCGAGUUGAAUGUACUCCUGAUAUGCCUAUGAAAUGGGAUGUUGAAAUUGAAUCCACACGUGCUAUUAUUGAAAAACUCAAUCAAAUGAACCCGAAACCAAAAUUUUUUGUCGUCUGCGGCGAUAUUGUUGAUGCGUUUGAUUUCGAAGAACCAUUUCGUUCACAGCAAGAAACUGAUAUAAAACAAGUGCUCAGCGAAUUAGAUCCUACAAUUCCACUAGUAUGUGUUUGUGGAAAUCAUGAUGUCGGCGAUGAACCGACACGUUCAAGUAUUCAACGAUAUAUUGAUCAUUUCGGUGACGAUUAUUUUGAUUUUUAUUGUGGUGGAGUACAUUGUAUUGUUUUAAAUUCACAAUUUUAUGCACAUUCAUCGAAUGUCGAAGAUUUAAAAUUACAGCAUGAAAAAUGGCUUGAUGAAGUGUUACAGGAUAAACAAUCGAAGCAUAUAAUUCUAUUUCAACAUAUUCCAUGGUUUUUAAAAAACUUCGAUGAAGAGAAAGAUUAUUUUAAUAUUGAAAUCAGUACAAGACUUCGAAUGCUUGAAAAAUUUCAUGCCGCGGGUGUGAAGAAAAUUUUCUGUGGACACUAUCAUCGGAAUACAGGCGGAUCAUAUAAAUCCAUGGAAGAAGUCGUUACAAGUGCGAUCGGUCUGCAAUUAGGAAAAGAUAAAUCAGGUGUUCGAUUAGUCCGCGUGACAGAGAACGAUAUUGAACACAAAUAUUUUGAAACAGAAGAUAUUCCGGCAAAUUUUCUAUGA